GUAAGAGUUGCUGGAAACAAUGUGGAUAUUCAUCUAUUUCGUUUAGUCUCUGCCUGUUGUAUAUGCUCGUCACCUGAUGCUUCUGCCUGUUUUUCUGUUUACUGCCUUAAGCUUCCCCUUCUCCCAACUCUCUCGCCCAGAUCUUCCCAGCAUCAUCCUCUCUUCUUGACUGAAUGUCCCAAGAAUCAUCCUCUCCCUAGACUGCAUCUUCCUCAGCUAGCCAUGUCACUACAACUUCUAUACAAUCCUAGUCAGAAGAAACCUCGACAUAUUGGGCGAUGGAUCUCCCCAACCUUCACCGGAACCCCCUUCCAUCUAUGACGAGCCAUGACAUUGCAGUGAACUACAACUAACCCAGCCAGCAAGCAACACAACAAAAUAUCCAUCACACAACGCAGAAUCACAAUCCAUCCACUAUACGUCUAUACACACCACUCUCCAAAAUGUCCUCCCAGAACUAUCUCCCCAACAUCCCUCCCAGCUCCCUCUGCACCACCUACCCCUACACCCGCCCAACCCUCAUCCGCCGCCUCUACAAAACGACCGACCCCAACCAAACACCUUACCUCCACUUCACCAACGUCCCUCCAACCCUCAUCACCCAAUCCCUAGAACAAGACCUUUUUCUCCUAACAAAGGUCCGAAUCACUUACGACUCCCCCUCCCGCACGCUAAUCAUGAAGGGUCACCCUCAUCGACAGGAACUAGCCAAGAGGCUCUUUAAUAGCGACUUCUUGAUGUUCAGAUAUAAUAUGGGUAAUUUUGCCCUCAGGUCACUCGGUGCUACGACAGUCGCCGAAGGAGACGUCCUGAAGGAGCCGGAUUUGAGUUGGCGGCCGCGUGACUUGCCCCCGUGACGGACGAGGAACGUGGCCCAGUCUGGUGUUUCAUGUGGGCUGGCCGGAGGGAUUGGAGUAUUUGAGGCGGGAGGCGAAGUUGUGGCUUGAAUGGAGUAAGGGGGAUGUGAAGGCGGUGGUGUUGAU